AUGCUCUUCGGGAACACCGUUUAUCGUUGUUGUAUUAAAUUUAUAAGCUAUGUCUGCCUGUCCUGUUUGUAUUAUUGCACAACCUGUCAGACACAAUCUCAGGAUGUCAUUGAAAUGGAUAUAGAUGACUUUUCUAGUCGUAAUUAUAAAUAUGCAAGAAAGAAGAAAAAAGAAAUUUUGGUUGAAGCCGAGAAAUAUGGCCGCCUGUGGACAACUUCUGAGGGUUUCCAGUUUAUUAUCAAAGAGCAGGUGAAAGCUUUGAUUGAUCUGGGUGCAAAUCCAAAACUGAAGGAUAUUGUGUUUGACAUUUGGGCAAGAUAUCUCAAUAAAACUGGUGUUGCAUUUUGCUCUGAAGAGACAUCAAAGAAACCACAAAUUCAUACGUGUUUGACAAGAUCUCGAGAUGCCCAUAUUGCGACUUCCAAUGACCCAUUUAUAAAGCCCUUGAUGCGGCACAAAAAGGUUCAAGAUCUUACCAAAAACCUUUAUGGCAAUCGACGGGCAGCUGUCAGUCAGUACAGACAUUUAGAGCGAAUGUCAAUGGUGAAAACCAUUUCAUUUUGCUAUUUGGGUCUUUUAUACACUAACAACCUAACAACACUCUCAGAUAUUAUCAGAUGGAUUAAUAUGGAAAAAAUUCCAUAUAUGAAUGCCUCUAAUUUGUUUCCAGAAAACAUCAAAUUUUUUGCUGAGGAUACGUUAACAUUUAAUUCUCCUAAUGUCCCCAGCUGCAGGAACAUUCGUAAAAUCUGUGGAUUACUUGUAAAAUUCUUGGAUCUCGGUGACCUCCCAAGUGUACCAAUAAUGGACUUGGCCAACAAGUAUCUGUGCCAAUUAGAUUUACCUGGAGAACUCCAUGGCAUCCUGAAUAACCUGACCAGUAAUACCCCAGAAAUAUGGGUAAAUGCAAAAAGAAAUCGAAUUCUUCCUCCUUAUGAAUGCAUUGCUAUGGCCUACAUUGUUGUUUUGCUGAAAAUGCUUUUUGGACUUGAUGACGUAACUGAAAGGAACCUGUCCAAUUUUGCUAGGGUGUAUUCUUCAUAUACUGCUGGAGAACAGAAAAUGUUUAUCUGGGAUGAUUGGGUUGCCCAUAUUAGUAGGAAAGUCGCAAACAUGAAACGUUAUCGUGAAGCCCUUGAACAGAAUCAACCUUUCAUUGUCCAAGACUUACAGCAAUUUUUGAGUUACUGUGAAAAAAUGUCACGCAGUAAUACACGAAUCUCGAUUUUGAAAGAACGUGCAACGCGUAAAGAAGACCUUUGUAAUUCAAUUAAAAGUCUUUUUAACCUUAUAACGGAUCGCCUGAAAGAAUCUAAUCCCAAUUUGGAAGAGAACUUACCCUCCACACCUUUGGAGUCUACCAACUUGUUUAAUAAUUCCACUUCUCAACCGAAUGAAUCCCAAGGAAUCCAGUUUCGAAAAGCUAGUGUCCGAUUCAUUACCCAUCCAGAAACCUUCCUCCAUAUGAAUCCUUUUAAUAUUUCAGAUCCGACCAUCCAGUCAAUACAUUCACACAGUGAAGGAUCUGAUGAUGAGGAUCCUUUCACCUCUUUAAUUUCAGCCUCUUCUGCUGAAGACUCUUGUAGCUCUGGCAAGAAAAAGUGGGGUAGAAUCAGGCAUGUUGUGAGAAGUACAUUUCAUUAUAAACGAUUGACCUCUUCUCCUCCUCUCUUCCCCCGUCUCCUCUCCCUCACUCCCUCCUUUACUCCACUGGGGCAUAUGGGGGCCACCUCUCUCAACAACACUAGGGAUUGCUACUGUUGUUUCCAUAAGUAA